CGCUGCGAUCAGUUGAGUUUUGUGCGUUGUGCGGUUAAGUAGCGCGUUCUGCUCCGGUUCCCCUCCAAGCUCACACAGUGAGAUCAAUCAGUGCACCACACACACACACACAUACACACAAAAAGUCAAGUAGUAGAGAAGAUCUCCACAUCCAGGCUCAGAUUCAGGUCCAGGUUCCAUUCAGUUGACUUCAGUUUAGUUGAGUUGCUAAGGAGUUGUCCCGGCCACGCCUGCAUCCCACGCAUUAAAUUGUUACAUUAAAGCCCCAUAAAUCAAAAUGAGAGAAAUUGUGCAUCUGCAGGCUGGACAAUGCGGCAACCAGAUUGGCGCUAAGUUCUGGGAGAUCAUAUCGGAGGAGCAUGGCAUUGACAGCAAUGGCAUCUAUGUGGGCGACAGCGAUCUGCAGCUGGAACGUGUCAGCGUCUACUAUAAUGAAGCAUCUGCCGUGAGUCGUACUUCGGGUGGCAAGUAUGUGCCACGCGCCAUUCUGCUGGAUCUGGAGCCAGGCACCAUGGAGUCGGUGCGCUCGGGUCCAUAUGGCCAGCUAUUCCGUCCGGACAACUUUGUAUUCGGGCAGUCGGGCGCCGGCAACAACUGGGCCAAGGGGCACUAUACAGAGGGCGCUGAGCUGGUUGACAAUGUGCUCGAUGUGGUGCGCAAGGAGUGCGAGAAUUGCGACUGUCUGCAGGGCUUUCAACUGACGCAUUCGCUGGGCGGCGGCACCGGCUCUGGCAUGGGCACCCUGCUCAUAUCGAAGAUACGGGAAGAGUAUCCGGAUCGCAUAAUGAACACCUAUUCGGUGGUGCCAUCGCCAAAGGUGUCUGAUACGGUCGUGGAGCCGUACAACGCCACGCUGUCCAUCCACCAGCUGGUGGAGAACACGGACGAGACGUACUGCAUCGACAAUGAGGCACUGUACGACAUUUGCUUCCGCACACUGAAGGUAUCGAAUCCGAGCUACGGCGACCUCAACCAUCUCGUCUCUCUGACCAUGUCCGGUGUGACCACCUGCCUGCGCUUCCCCGGCCAGCUGAACGCCGAUCUGCGCAAGCUGGCUGUGAAUAUGGUUCCAUUCCCGCGUUUGCACUUCUUCAUGCCGGGCUUUGCGCCGCUCACCUCGCGCGGAUCGCAGCAAUAUCGCGCCCUUACCGUGCCCGAGCUGACCCAACAGAUGUUCGAUGCCAAGAACAUGAUGGCCGCCUGCGAUCCGCGUCAUGGCCGCUAUCUGACUGUGGCCGCCGUCUUCCGUGGCCGCAUGUCCAUGAAGGAGGUGGACGAGCAAAUGCUGGCGGUUCAAAACAAGAACAGCUCCUACUUUGUCGAAUGGAUACCGAACAAUGUGAAGACCGCCGUCUGCGACAUACCGCCCAAGGGCCUCAAGAUGUCCUCGACAUUCAUUGGCAACACCACCGCCAUUCAGGAGCUGUUCAAGCGCAUCUCCGAGCAGUUCUCGGCCAUGUUCCGUCGCAAGGCCUUCCUCCAUUGGUAUACCGGCGAGGGCAUGGACGAAAUGGAGUUCACCGAGGCGGAGAGCAACAUGAACGAUCUGGUGUCCGAGUAUCAGCAGUAUCAGGAGGCCACCGCCGACGAUGAAUUCGAUCCCGAUGUUAACCAGGAGGAGGUCGAGGGCGAUUGUAUUUAAUGGUGUGGCCAGAGGAAUGAGGUGCGUGCGUGAGCGUCUCCUAUUUGGUGGUCAGCCCUUGUUCUUGCGCGGCAUGCGACAGCAGCUGCGCGCCAAGCACUGCCAGAUACUCUGAGGACGCAGCAACACACAGACACACACACACACACACACACAGAUACAUACACACAGACACAUUUAUACAGGAAAUGUCAAGCGUAGUUUGACAGCAA